CCCCUAUUCUGUCAUACACUCCACUUCUUCCUACCCCCCUCCAAGAUCUGCUAUCCAAAUCCUGACUGGAUUUUGCACUCCCCAGGAUCUUGGUCCAGCCACAGGUCAGCGACACCCUGGGAUUUAUAAACUUUUGAUUGAACUAGAAUCAGAAGUUUUGCCUCUUCCUCUUGAGAAUACUUCUGUACAGGAGGUUAAAACCCGGUUUGGAGUCAUGCCUCUCGCUGGAACACCUGCCCCUCCUAACAAGAGGAAAAAAACCACUAAAAUCAUCACUGACCUGUCACACAUCACUCAAAAUGAGUAUGAAUCGGAGCCUGAGGCCUCCGAGUUUGACCUGGGGACGAAGAUCAGCACACCCAAAGACAUUAUGCUGGAGGAACUGUCCCUGCUCAAAAAUAAGGGCUCCAAGAUGUUCAAAAUGAGGCAGCAGCGUGUGGAGAGAUUCAUCUAUGAGAACAACCCUGACGUCUUCAACAGUGACUCUAUGGAUAACUUCCAGAAGUUUGUCCCCGGCAUUGGAGGCCAAAUGGUGGAUGUUGGCGGACAUCUUGUAGGCGGACAUCUUGUUGGGGGAAAGAUUAUUGGUGGACGGAUAGUUGUUGGAGGUGGGCAAGCACCUGUGCCCCCUCCCAAACCAGGAAGCCGGGGUACAGGGGUAGGAAGUGGAGCUGGUGGAGCUGGUGGAGUUGGUGCAGGAGGAACAGCUGGCGGAGUGGGUGCAGGAGCGGGUUCUGGUACAUCAGCUGAUGGUUCUCAGAGUGCAGAAAGCACUAAGGCUGCUGCUUUAAAAGAGAAGAAAAGACUGGAAUAUUUGAAGACAUAUGUAUCGCCCUGGGAAAAGGCCAUGAAGGGCAAUGUAGAGCUUACAUCCACUAUGAAGCCAUACAUGCCAGGACCCUGUUCUCAGAAAGACCUGCCAAAAUACAAGUGUUUUAACAGGUCAGCUUUGCCCUUUGGUGGAUUUGAGAAAGCUGCUCAGCUGAUGACCUUCCAGCUGCCAGAUAUCGAGGCAUCAGAGGAGCCGGAGCCUGCAGUGGUGUACCACCAUGACGCACACUCAAGACCCUGUUUUAACCGCACUCCCAUCGGCUGGGUGGGCAGCGGAGACACAAGCAACGUCCACCUGCUGAUUGAUACCAUGCCAUUCGAUGGGGAGACUGACGAGCUGUGAGGAGUAAAUAUCUUAAGUCUUCCAAAGAAGCUCACUCCAUAUUCGCUUCUCCAUACCUGCUUUUGCGUUGCCUCUAAACAUCCUGUUCUCUCUUUUGCUCUCUGUCUCUUUCUAACUCUCUCUCUCAUUCUCUUCCUCACACACACACAGUACUUUAAUAUGUCAUUUUAACACAUAUUUUUAAUAUGAUCUUCAAUAUUAAUGGGUCAUUGUGUGUGAAGUCAGUCCUGAUCCAUGUGCCUAUCCAUGUGUGCUGAUCCAUCCACUGUUCAACAUGGGAAACAUGGUUGUAAGACUUUGUGUAAGUAAAGAAAAUGUUUGGCUACAAUCAAACUGAGUCCUAGAGUCUUAAUGUAUUAAUUUGACCUAUACAGUAUACAGUAUCUUGUCCGUCUGUCCCUUUUACAUAGAAAAUCCAGCUAUGCACAUGUGCUCUAACAAGAUUUGUGUAUGGAUAAGAACUCUACUACCGACCACUCACUACAAAGUGUUGUUAGUUAAGCUACCUAAUAUUCACUGGAACUUAAGAAUAGUAUUUACUUCGAAUGAAAUUUUAAAGCUCUUUAAAUAAAUGAAAGACAACUUGGCUUGAUGCCGAUGACAAUAAUGAUGACUAUGAUGGUGUUGAUGCUGAUGAUGAUGAGUAUGCAAGAUGUUUACCUACUGUUGUUUGGCAUGUUGAUAUAAUGAAUUAGAAGAGUUUAACACAACCCCUACUUAAUAAAUAUUUGAUAGC